AUGCAUUCGGAGUUUUCUGACACCGCUCCCUACAUUGGUGCGACUUUUGGGAAUUCUCAAAAUUCGGAGUUUCCUGAUACUGCUCCCUCCGACCCUUCCCCGCCAACCUUCUUUCCCUUCUCCUCCCCCCACCCCCCUCCCCGCCCCUUUUUGAGGCGCCUCAAAAGUCGCCCCUGUCGCGAGCAGCAUGCAGAGCUUGGAAGAGCGUCAGGAGAAGCAGGAGAGCAGAGCACGCCAUUUCAAGGCCCCUCUUCGCCCUGGCAUGCGAUCUGUCUAGCCCGCCCGUCCCGUCCCCCUUCCCUCCCAGCCCCUCCCCUGCCCGGCCCACCAGGCAGCAUGCAGGGCGUGGAAGAACGCCAGGAGAAGAACAGCAAGAGCCCCGCAGGCUAUCCCCAACCCUCCUUUCCCGGCCAACCCAUGCAGAGCGUGGAGGAGCUCCGGGAGAACCUGGUGAGCUGGUUUUUCUUCCUUGCCCCCACUCCUCACCAUCCCCUUCCCAUUUUCCCGCAUCCCCCCCCUCUCCUCCUUUCAAGCAGCAUGCAGAGCGUGGACGAGCUCCGGGAGAACCUGAACACGUACAGGGAGCAGCUAGAGCAGGUCUCGGAGUUGCUUAUAGAGGAUCCUGACAAUGACGAGUACAAGGAGAUGGCCAGUGGGCUCAAGGAGGUCAUCGAGCUCACAGAGGAUCUGCUCAGUGCAGCGGAGCAGCAGACACAGGAGGAGCCAGCACCGCCAGAUGCAGCAGCAGGGGUUGCAACUGCUGUGGUUGCCACUCCGUUUGUCCCCAUGGCGUUUGUGCCGGCCGCUUCUGCUGUUGCUACCACUGAUCCGGCAGCUUUAGCAGCAGUGUCGUCUCGGAUUGCAGUGGGCACGUCAGUGCAGGCGGUGUGGGGAGUCACCGCUGGGACUGCUGCUGGUGGCAUACGAAGCUCUGAAUGGCUUGACGGUGUGGUGGACAGUGUGACCACGGGGGGCUACGUGGUGCGCGAUGCAGGAGGGCAGAUGCACGAGGUGCGGGAAACAAGAGUACGGCGGGUGGAGGAGAGUGAAGAAGACGCAAGGAAGCGAGCACAGGAGGCACUGGCAGCUGUGGAGCGAGAGGCAGAUGAGACGAGGAGAGCCCUCAAGCGGAAGAUGGAGGAAGCUUCCAGGACGGAGCUGGUGAAGAAGGAGAUUCCGCUCAAGCUGAGGAUCAAACCAGAGGACUCGGAAGAUGUGAAAGUGGAGAAGAAGCGGAAGAUCCACGCGUUCAAGUCGAAGCAGCGGAUGGAGAUGCUGGAGGUGAUGACCAACAAGAAGCAGAACACGUGGCAGCAGUUCCAAACCAAGGGCAUCAAGAGGAAGGCGGGCUUCCUGACAGGCCGCAAGAAGGAGAGCAUUUUCAAAUCGCCAGAGGACGUGGGGGGCAAGGUGGGGGUGGUGGGGAGCGGGCAGGGCAUGACGGAUUUCCAGAAGAGAGACAAGAAUCUCAACCUGCGCGCACAGGGCCAGGCAGAGGACGACUAA